AUGAUAGUGUCAUCAACGUUGGGAUCUGGAAUAUUAUUUAUGCCUGCCUCAUUCAAUCAAUUGGGAUAUCUUACUGCAUGGAUUGUUGUCGCUAUGAUCGGACUCCUGAACUGGUAUUCCAUAUACUCUCUCAGCUAUGCAGCCGAAUCAGCGAAAGGAGACAAGGAACAGACUUACUCCUCUGUUGCAGAAAUGUUUUCGAAGAAACUUAAACUGGUGGUGGACCUAACAUUUUCGAUAUCUAACUUAGGAACCUGCUUUAUUUUUCUACGUCGAGCUGCUAAGUACUCCUCUAUUCUCAUUUGCCAGAUUCUCCCGAAAAGUGUGGACAGUGAAAUCUGCCGAAAGGUUGUUCUAGCACUUCUAUCCAUAUUCUCCUUUAGAAUGCUUCUAUUGGAAUCUUUGAGCUCACUCUCCCCACUUUCAUACUUGUCAAUGUUUUCGGCUCUAUAUUAUCUUGGUCUAAUGAUUUCUCUUGGAUUCUUUGGUUAUAAAGCUGCUGGUAAGGAGCUCUACGACAAAAUGAUUCUAGAUUUGAUUAUCGAGUCUCCCUCUGAAAAUCCAUUUUUACACUUCUCUCAAAACAAAGAAUCAGAAACGGUUAUACUGAAGAGGCAUAUAGAUCUUAUUGUAAACAAAGAUAGUAUGAAGCGAUUCCUCGAUCGUUCUGUGAUUAUCAGUCACAUUAGAAAUUACUUUAAUGAAAUGGACUUUAUUGAGGUGGAGACCCCAAUGAUGAGUGUCAGUGCAGGUGGUGCAGCAGCUAGACCAUUUGUUACCCAUCACAACGAAUUGAAGCUGGAUCUGUUCAUGAGGGUUGCUCCAGAACUAUUUUUGAAAAAGUUGGUUAUAGGGGGCAUGAAUAGAGUGUUCGAAAUAGGUAGAAACUUCCGAAACGAAGGAAUAGACUUGACCCACAACCCAGAAUUUACAUCAAUUGAAUUCUACAUGGCUUAUGUGGAUUACAGGGAUAUGAUGGAUAUUGUUGAGGAUCUCCUAAGCAAAUUGGUAGUUAAAGCAAAGGGAUCGAAGAAGUUUACCUACGAGCCAUUGAAGAGAGGUGGAGAAGAAGUCAAGGUGGAUUUGGAUUUCUCAACCCCUUUCCAGAGACUUGAUAUUUUGGAGGAGAUUAAUUCUAUUCUGAGGUUGCAAUUGACGGGAGAGAAUAUUUCAAAACCAGAAAAUUUGGAACUUUUGAUAGAAGCUGCAGAAAAGAAUAAUUUGGAAAUCUCAGAACCGAAAACCUUGAAUAGAGUUCUGGAUGCAUUCAUUGGGGAAUAUAUUGAGCCUAGAUGCAUUAAUCCCACAUUUGUAACUGGAUUUCCAGUUGCAAUGUCACCACUAGCAAAGGAUGAUAGAAACAGAAAGGGUAUUACCGAGAGAUUUGAAAUGUUCUUGAAUGGAAAAGAAAUCUGCAAUGCCUACACUGAGCUGAAUAUUCCAGACGUUCAGAGAGAGCGAUUUUUAAUGCAAGCAGCCGAUGCCAAUGCUGGGGAUGAUGAGGCUAUGCCAGCCGAUGAAGAUUUCUGUCAGGCAUUAGAGUUUGCACUUCCACCUACUGGAGGAUGUGGAAUUGGAAUCGAUAGGCUGGUGAUGUAUUUGACCAAUGCAGCCAACAUAAGAGAUGUAAUUCUAUUUCCCACAAUGAAGCCUGAAAAUAAUUAA